GAGACUUGAAAUAGUGAUUGAAUGAUUUUAAAUUAAAACCUACAUUAAAAUACAUAGAACGGAAACUGACAGAACAACAUUAAAAAUAAAAUAAAAUACAUUCGUUUUAGAUGUACUCGCAAAUAGUUUUACCGAGGCAAUGGUCGAGAUUAGUACAUAUUUGCCGAACUAUUGCGACCUUAGAAGGUCAAAAAAUUCCUCAAAACAGUUCCUCGAGUGAUGGCAUUUCACCGCCACCGCGAAUCCACAGAGGACCAACUGAUAUCCUGCAAGCACUGGCUGCCACAGUCGGCCCUGAUCCAACUGCAGCACAUUACAAAUAUCAUGAUGACCCCUAUUUGAUUCCUCUGUCAAACUUCCGUAAGCGGUCAUAUGCACUGUCGGCCGAGGCUGGUAGGAAGGCUGCAGCUUGGAUUAGAGAUGAACAUUCAAUUUUGUUCACUAUGCGAGAGUGGGAUCCAGCGAGCAAGAAGAAAACUCCAUACUUCAAUGCUGAUCCUAAAAUAGAUGCAUUUGCUCCUAAACCAAUAUACAAUGAUACUAGUAAGGUAACUGAAGAAGACUUCAAAUACACAUUACAAAAUGCACUAGUUGAAGAUGCAAUAAAAGUUUUUGAACUACUCGGUGGAGUGCAGGCUUUAAGUGAGGAACUGAAAAUAGAAUUUCUUCAAUUACUCUGUUUUUAUAAUGAGAAGGAACCUCUAGCGAUGGAGUGGUUAGAAGAAAGAUGGUUUGCAGCAAAGACAAGGGAUAGACAUUCUGCUACAUGGAAGUUAGGUGGCUUGGCAGAUAGUAUCUUUACUUCAAUGGAACCAAAGACACCAGAGGCCUAUUGUGCCAUUAUUCAAGGAAUGGCAAAAUAUUAUCAAGCAGAAAGGGCUCAUGCAUUAGCUCAGGAAGCAAUGGAGAAAGGCAUACCUCUCUCUACCAGUGUAUUUAAUUCACUUAUAAGUUGUGUUGGAUUCCUUAAAGAGGGUACUACAUUAAGAAUUGAGGCGUUAAAAACUUUGUUAAUACAAAUGAAUGAACAAGGUUUAUCACCGGACCAAGGGACUCUGUGUUCAUGUCUGCGGUCCAUAUCGGCCUGGGGCGGAGGACAUGUUCUGCAACAAGUUGCAUUACAAGUGGUGGCGGAGUUCCAACAGAUAGGUCUCCAACCUGGACUAUCAGCAUAUUACUAUCUGCUCUGCUUGUUCUGCAAAGACCGUGGCCCACAAAUAGAUAUUCUAACAGCAAUUAUUAAUGAUUUGGAGAAAAGAGAAAGUUUACAACCGGAGGACGCGACCGAUACUAACUUCUUUAUUACUGCGAUGGGAGUUUGUAGCGACCAUUUACAGGAUAUCAGUUUAGCGGAGAGGCUGCACAAGUUGUUAAUGCAAGGUGACAACUACAAGCUAGUCGGUGACGCAUACAAAGAGAGUAUUUACUAUCGGCAUUACAUCACUGUUUCUUGCAGGCACGCUCCAUUCGAAAAGACUCUAGAACUUCUCGACACGUUGGUGCCAAACGUUUAUGUUCCCGAACCUACUGUCAUGGAAGAGAUAAUAAAGCGGCUGGAGGCGGGCGGCGCGGGCGAGCGGCUGUCGCAGGCGUGGUCCCAGCUGGUGGUGUUCGGGCACGCCAAGCGCGUGCGGCUCGUCGAGAGGCUGCUGGACGCCUUCUGCAACUGCUAUCACUAUCAAGAUGAAGAAAUAAAAGCAAAGAUUCGAUUAGCCGCCGGCGAUAUUCUUAAGUUUGGUCAAAUUGCCGAGGAGAAGGAGGAAACGGGAGAAAUCAGAUCACCAGUACAAAAGUUAUCAGCCACAGCGAUGUGUAACAUAAUAGAGCUGUGCUCGGACGUGCGGGAGAAGGGCGAGGCGGGAUGGGAGCAGGCGGCGCAGGCGCUGGCGCGGCUGCGCGGCGGGCAGGCGGCCGGCGUGCCCGCGCGCCCGCACCUACUCGCACAAGUCGCUGAGCGAGCGGCCGCCGUCGGCAGACCUACUAUAGCAGCUGCGGCAGUAGGCUACCUGUCGGAGUGCGGGUUCGAAGAGGCGAUGUCGGCGAGCGUGGCGACGCUGCGCGUGAUGCUGAACAGGUCGGAGGAGGAGGUGCAGCAGCUGCUGCAGGACAAGAGCAAGCUGACCGCGCUGCACCCCACCGCACUCGCCGUGGCGCAGGCUUACCAUGAAGUAAAAUCGGGCGCAACAUUACUCCAAUCGGAUUCCUCUACGAGUUCGGAGAGCGACAGCGAGACCUCGGAUGAUGAUUGUUAAUAUACCUCCUAAUUGUAUGUAGAAUUAAAUGUUAAUUAGAAUAAAUGCAUUUUUUCUGUCCUGUU